AUGUUGAGCCGACUCAUGAGUGGCAGCGAUCGGAGCCUUGACAGGGAAUUCAACUGCACAGUGCGACUUUUGGACGACUCGGAAUACACUUGCACGGUUCAGAGGGAUGCAAAGGGUCAGUGGCUGUUCGAGCAGGUUUGUCAUCAUCUAAACCUGCUGGAAAAGGAUUACUUUGGUAUAAGAUAUGUGGAUCCAGAAAAGCAAAGGCAUUGGCUGGAGUGUAGCAAACCUAUUACCAAACAAAUGAAAUCUCAGCCACCAUACACCAUGUGUCUGCGUGUUAAGUUCUAUCCUCCAGACCCUGCGGCUCUUAAGGAAGAAAUCACUAGAUACCUGGUCUUCCUACAAAUGAAAAGAGAUCUGUAUCAUGGCCGACUCCUGUGCAAGAGUUCAGAUGCUGCCACAUUGGCCGCAUAUAUUCUACAGGCUGAGAUUGGAGACUAUGAUCCAGGAAAGCACCCAGAAGGAUAUAGCUCUAAAUUUCAGUUUUUUCCCAAGCAUUCUGAGCGCCUGGAGCGCCGCAUUGCCGAAAUCCACAAAACUGAACUGAUAGGGCAGAGCCCUGAGACGUCUGAGUUGAAUUUCUUAAACAAAGCUCAGACUUUAGAAACAUAUGGUGUAGAUCCACACCCCUGCAAGGAUGUGUCUGGAAAUGCAGCAUUUUUGGCCUUUACCCCGUUUGGCUUCGUGGUACUGCAGGGAAACAGGAGGAUUCAUUUCCUCAAAUGGAACGAGGUGACCAAACUCAAGUUUGAAGGAAAGACGUUUCAUAUAUAUGCAACUCACCAAGAGGAUCAUAAGAUCAUCUUGACUUACUUUGCUCCAACACCCGAGGCCUGCAAGCAUCUCUGGAAGUGUGGAGUAGAACACCAGGCUUUUUACCAGUUUGAGAAAUCAAGUCAAGUUCGCACUGUGUCUAGUAGUAAUCUCUUCUUCAAAGGUAGCCGUUUUAGAUAUAGUGGUAGAGUGGCAAAGGAGGUGAUGGAGCAGAGCGCAAAAAUCAGGCGAGAGCCCCCAGAGAUCCACAGGGCUGGGAUGGUCCCUAGUAGGAGUUGUCCCUCUAUUACACAUGGUCCACGACAGAGUAGCGUUCCUCAGGCACGCAGGAGAGCAGUCCAUAUUUCCAUCAUGGAAGGUUUGGAGUCCCUGCGUGACAGUGGCCAUUCCACACCGUUGCGAUCAGUCUCCAAUAGCAACUCAUUUCUACAAUCCCAUGGCAGUGGAGCAGAAGGAGGGACAGCAGAAUUCUCAGAUGACUCUUACAGUCCCUCUGACAGCAUGCUUCCCACACCAGUAUCCAGUGACCACUCAGACCAGGCUCAGGUUCGGCACACCAAUGGCCCCCGCAGCAUCCAAGAAGAACGAAGAACAGAACUGACAGCUUCAGGUCAGGCAAGGCCGCUUGGCGUUAAAGCCAAAGGGAAAGGUUCUCGUCCCGGGAAGACUCAGUCAACCCAACGCAGCCCGGAGGAAGAGCGAGUGAACAAGUUAAUCUUUAGUUUGGCGCGUCUUUUCUUAGUGACUCUGGCUCUGCUGUUUGCCCUCCUUCUGCUUCUUAUCGUGCUUACAGAGUCUGAGCUGGACUUGGCCUUUCUUAGGGACAUCCGGAGGACACCCGAAUUCCAGCAGUUUCACUAUGAAUUCUUCUGCCCUCUUAGGCGCUGGCUGGGCUGCAAGUUGCGCUGGAUGGGUGGGCAUCUUAUUAAUAAAUGACUUGUUUCCACAGCUUUUAGUGCAGAACAACUCCUCUAUCUUCUGAGAUGCUUCAUGGAGUCAAUUGGGUCUCAAGGAACAAGCAGUGUGAGAGUGGGAAAUGCUAAGCAUUUAUGUCAUGGUAAUUGUUAUUAUAUUCAUAGCCAAAAACGUGGGCACUCUGAUAUAACGCCAAGACAAGACAAUUGUGUAUGUUUCAACUCUAGUUAUUGUGAAAUUGUUAUCCGCGGCACGAUUUUUGUUGUUGGGUCAAAAUAUGCUAUGUGUAGCUCUAUAAAUGCUGCUGUCACUCAUUCAUCCUUUAUCUAUUUUUUUAAUUAUAUACACUCAAAGGUUGGUCCCUUAGACUGUGAUGACUGAGACCUAACACUGCAAACAAAGACAUGAAGAUGCCUUUAUUGAAUAGACUUCCCGGACAUGAAGUUGGAGAAUUCCGAUGGGUUUUGGAUGGCGUACCUUGUACGGUUAAAUGUUGGUAGUGUGGAUUUGAUCCUACUACGAUGUAAGCUUAAAUGUUGGUAAAUAUAGUAUAGAUCAAAGUCAUUGAUGGGGUUCAUGCAUGUAGAAAAGGCUGAAACACUGAGGUACAGUAUAUGGGUCACCCGCUUUUGCCUUGACUUCAACCCAACUUCAAAAAAUAUACAUACACAAUAUAUGUUUCUCUCAUACAUAUAACAAUUUAUACCCAGUGGGAAUGAUGUCCUUGAGGUUAAAGUGUGAGAAAGGAGAGGAAAGUGUACUGGAUAGACAAUGAAAGUGAAAUGUUUGGAAAGUCUGAAAAUGCUUGAAAGUAUAUCUAAUCAUCCAUAAUAUUUUUUUAUUAUGCUUUUAUCAUUUUGUAAACCUAAUCUUUUCACCAACAAAAUUCAAACAAAUUGAUACAAAACUCAAAGCAAUUCUCUUUUUAAGGUAAUGGUGACAUUUUUGGUCAGAAAGUAUUUUUUAAAGGGCCGCUAAUCCAGGGGUUUUCUGCAAUGUAAAAAUAGUCAGUGGUAUCCCCAGAAUGAAUCUGUAAAGUUUCAGCUCAAAAUACACCACAUAUCUUUCAUUACAAUAUGUUGAACAUGGCCAUUUGUGGCUGCAUUCGAAAACACGCAGACUGUGUGUGUGUCUCUUUAAAUGCAAAUGAGGUUCUGCUCCCCUCCCCGUAUGCAAAUAUGAGGUAGAGCGCUUAGGGGCUGUAUCCACCGAGGCCCAUUUACGCGGCUGAAAACGGCAGGAACUCAGCUGAAAAGCCCGCAAGUUGAACAUUUUUCAACUCUGGGCGCUCGUUCGAACGCCGGCGCUGAUCGUUGGAAAAACGCAUAGCACCAGCGCUGAGCACGGAUGCAAUCAAUACAAGCAAUAUGGCGGAAAGAGUAAUUACGUCUGUUAAGCAUUGCCCAACCAAAACCACACACUAACUGCAAUAAAAAUCACCUUAAUGCCUUGUUCAUAAAUACGAAUUAAAUGGAAAAGACAAAAACAUAGAUAGAACAACAUAUACUGACCAUUUUCUGUAUGAAAUGUUGGUCAUUGUUUAUUAAUCAUGUGCAUGCUUAUUAUUAUUAUUAUUAUUUAGGCAUAAACAUGCAUUCAGAGUACUUGUAUAUGACAGACAGGUAUGUUAAGAUCAGUAACCAGGUGUUAUUACAAUGUGAGUAGCAAUUUCUGCGUAACCUCAUUGUCUUACAAAUGCGAACUCUGUUUCUAUCUAUUCUAUAGUGUUGUCGCACCUAGGACAUACGAGAAAACUUUGAAAUCACAGAGAAAGAUACUACUAAAAUUUUCUUUGGUUUUAAUGAAUUACAGAAAUUAUGUCGGUCACAAGUUUUCUGAAUCGAUGGGUGCUAUGCGUUUUACACCUAACAUUACGACACAACACAUGUCUUUGGACCAUGUCUCAGGUUUAGCCGUGAAUAUGUCGACUUUCGAUCGUUAUAUAUCCGGACGAACCCGGCCUCAUCGGAAAGGUUUUCUUCCUGGCCUACUUUUAUGUUCCAUUUUACAUCCAACAACACCACACAUUUGUUGUUUCUUAGACAUUUUUGUCGCUGGCUAGUGGCUACAUCUGCUCUUGCCUUGAAAUGGCUGACAGCGGGUCUCUGGUGGAAGUUCGACCUAAGCGCUCAUAAGGCGGAGUCUGCGAGCGGUCAUGGGCAAGUGUAAACAAUGUGACAUCAGAUUGUUAGGGCAUCGCCAACAGCCUGUUUUAUGUCACAGUUGUGGUUUAAAGGAGAUUACAAAAAAAAGAAUAGAUGGAUUUUUAUAAUUACAGGAUGUUUCUGCACACACGGUGGCGACUCAAUUUCUGGUAGAUAAACAUUUAAAAGUGCAUUUUUUGAUUGCGGCCCUUUAAACUAAAUUCAUCUGUGAAAUAACUAAACACAACAAUGUAUAUGCACUUGUUUGAUACAUUAAUAGUAGGAAAGUUAAUGUCAAGAAAAUAAACCUGCAAGGUUCAGGCCAUAUCUGGGUGUUAAGAAACCGAAAAUGAAACUUUAUGUACUGUUGUUUGUAGCAUGUAAUUCAUGAAGUAGUCAAGUAUAUAGUAUGUAACAAUACCAAUGAUCGGACAUGAAAACCCCUGGAAUGAAACCCUGAUGUGUGUUGUUGUGUCAUAAAUGAUUAUAAGAAUGAAAAUUAAGCUUACCCAUCACAUUGUUGAGCCAACUGAAAAGUAAUUCUCUAACAAAAGGUUUUGAACUGAAUUAUAAGUAAUCUGUUGUUGAAUGUACAAAUAUUUACAAAUACUGUGUUUCACUUAUUCUUGCUAAUUGUGACUGAAACUGGUUCAGCUAUUUCAGAUGGUAACUUUCAUUUAAAGCAAUAGUGAAUUGAAAUGAAUAACUAUGGAAGACAAUCAGAAGUGGUUAUUAAUCUAUCAUAUCGUUAAACAAUGAUCACGCAGUAAUCUUCUCUAAUCUUCCUCCUCACCGUAAAGCAUCAGAUUGUUACUUUUCUGUAAACUUUAUUAUUCAUAAUUAAUUUCGUUCCCUGGUUUGUACCAAGAUGACAUUAUGACAAGAUUUUUUUUUCUAGAAAAAUAAACCUUCAUAUUCUU